GCGCAGAAGUUUCUUCAAGCUUGGGAAGAUCUUAAUCCUAGGUCUGCCAUUUGGAAGUUCAUUCCUGCCGUUGUUAUUUGGACUGUUUGGAAGCUAAGUUUGCAGAUUCUGGUAUUUCAAUGGAUUCUCUAAUCGGGGACCCGUCUCUUGGGGAUUCAUGCUUCCCUCUCAACAAAUCGAUGGUUACUACAGUUCCUUGGUCCCCCCCUCCUAAGGGCUUUGUAAAAUUGAAUGUGGAUGCUGCUACAAAUUCGGAUUGGAACAGCAGUGGAGUUGCGGGUAUUCUAAGAGAUGAGGAAGGUCUUAUUCUAGGAUCUUUUAAGGAGGCCACGGGUCCAGGUCCACCUAUUAUGAUGGAGCUAAGGGCUAUUCAGAAGGGCUUAAUUUUCUUUGAUUCAGUGAAAGGAGGUAUUAAUGGUCGUUUAUUGUUAGAAUCAGACUGCAAAUUGGCCGUGGAUUGGGUUAAGAAUGGAACUUUCUGCCCUCAGAUUUUUGUCAGUCUUGUAAGGAACAUAACUAUCAAGCUAAAAGAAGUUGAGGGUGUUAUUAGAUGGGUUGCUAGGGCAGCCAAUAUUGAGGCUGAUGGGAUGGCUAAAUCUGCCAUUGGCUAAUUCCAGUGUAUCUUAGGGGUAUUUUAUUUUGGGUUUUUUCAAAUUGUUGUA